GUAGGAACGGAAGUUAAGUCGACUCGGAGGAGCGGCGCGUGCUGGUUUUAAGCGCAGCAGAACUUAUUAAAUUAAUUACUAUUAAUAUUCCGGGUUAUUUGAGGGUUUUGGAGACUUUAGAGCAUCAUGAGCGACGAGGGUCAGCCGGAAGUGGAGCUUUUCGUCAAGGCAGGCAGUGACGGGCAGAGCAUUGGGAAUUGCCCGUUCUCUCAGAGGCUCUUCAUGGUCCUGUGGCUGAAAGGAGUUACGUUUAAUGUAACGACAGUGGAUAUGAAGAGGAAGCCUGAUAUCCUGAAGGAUCUGGCCCCCGGAGCUCAGCCCCCGUUUCUACUUUACGGGAGGGAAGUAAAGACAGACACAAACAAGAUCGAGGAGUUUCUGGAGGAACACCUCUGCCCUCCUAAGUACCCACGGCUAGCUGCCCGAAACCCAGAGUCCAACACUGCUGGCAUGGACGUGUUCUCCAAAUUCUCAGCCUACAUCAAGAACUCCAACCCUGGAAUGAACGACAACCUGGAGAAAGGCCUGCUGAAGGCUCUGAAGAAGCUGGACGAUUAUCUAAGCUCUCCUCUGCCUGAUGAGAUUGACGAGAACAGCGCUGAUGAUGUCACCACGUCGUCCCGCCCCUUCCUGGACGGUCAGGAGCUCACGCUGGCCGACUGCAACCUGCUCCCCAAGCUGCACAUCAUCAAGGUGGUCUGUCUGAAGUAUCGGAGUUUCUCCAUCCCUCGGACCCUCGUCUCGCUAUGGAGGUACCUGGAUGCAGCCUACGCCCGAGAGGAGUUCUCCUCCACCUGUCCGAGUGAUAACGAAAUACACAUCGCCUACGCUUCUGUCGUAAAAGCCCUCAAAUAGGACAGGGAACACAUAUACAUAAAUACACACACACACACACAUACAUACAUAUACACACUGCUGUAUACACACAGAGACAUGAAGAAGUUGCCAAUAUGUGUAUUGCCAAUGUAUUCAGGUUGAAAAUGAGAGUUUUACACACACACAUACACAUACACACAUAUAGACUUCCACAUAUACAGGGGUUGGACAAUGAAACUGAAACACCUGUUAUUUAAGUGUGGGAGGUUUCAUGGCUAAAUUGGAGCAGCCUGGUGUUCAAUCUUCAUUAAUUGCACAUUGCAGCAGUAAGAGCAGAGUGUGAAGGUUCAAUUAUCAGGGUAAGAGCACAGUUCUACUCUAUAUAUUACAAUGCACACAACAUUAUGGGAGACAUACCAGAGUUCAAAAGAGGACAAAUUGUUGGUGCACGUCUUUCUGGAGCAUCUGUGACCAAGACAGCAAGUCUUUGUGAUGCAUCAAGAGCCACGGUAUCCAGGGUAAUGUCAGCAUACCACCAAGAAGUACCAACCACAUCCAACAGGAUUAACUGUGGACGCUGUAAGAGGAAGCUGUCUGAAAGGGAUGUUCGGGUGCUAACCCGGAUUGUAUCCAAAAAACAUAAAACCACGACUGAUCAAAUCACGGCAGAAUUCAAUGUGCACCUCAACUCUCCUGUUUCCACCAGAAAUGUCCGUCACCGCAACAAAUUAUUGUGGUCUAAAACCAGGUGUUUCAGUUUCAUUGUCCAACCCCUGUAUAAACCCUUGUAUAUAAUCACACACACACUUUUUAUUAUAAAACGUUUGCAUUUCAAAAAGCUCUUAAAGGGAUAUUUCACACUUUUAUAUUCUACAUUUUCCGUAUUUUCUGUUUUUCUGUAUUUCUGUGUGUUAGAUCAUUCAGCUCACUGGCUUAUAGACAUAAAACCUGAAGUAAUUCCAUUCAUUUUGAAUGGAAAUUCGCAUAAUUAAGUUAUCUGCAUCAUUUAUCUUUUUCUACUAUGGUUAUAAUGACCUCUAAAAGCACGGUCCUUUAAAAGAACGAACCCUAGGGCUCUCUAUCUUCAGGACUUUGCAAGAUCAAUCAAUGGUGAUGCCACAGCCAUAGCUUUACUCACUCUGGAAGCUUAGGAUGGUCAUCUUUCUCCAACCAUAGCAUCCCUUGCAAUUGUAUGGCUUUACCUGCUCACAACACACCUGAUUUAACUAAUCAACUAAUUAAUAAGCCCUUAAAUAGUUACAAUGGGUUGUGUUUAAAGCAGGUAAUCCUCUAAAAUGUGCUUGUCAAGGGGCAACAGAGCCAGGAUUAAAGAACAUUGACCUAAUAAGAUGCUCACCAGUGUGGGUGUUAGGCUAGCCUGUUAGCUGAUAGGUAUAACAGAACUGGUGAUUAGUGUUCUCCUCCAAGUGUGUUGAAUAAUGCGCUGCAGCGUUUGCUCUGCUAAUGCUGUUAACAUUCUUAAUUAUUAAAACAAAGCUUGUGAGUGAAAUUGCCAGUGAUAAAGGGAUAAAGGGUUGGGAUUAUGCACUUAAUACACUUACAGCCCAAAAUGUUUGUCCAUUUCUUAAAAUUUUACUUUCUGUUGAUUAUUAUGUUAAACUAGCCUGUUUUUCUGUGUCGUUGUGUUGUUCUGAAAUGCCCAUCUUCCCAACCUGACUAUAAAUAUAUUUAUACACAAGACAGACAACACCAAUGAGGGGCUAACAGUGUUUUUCAGUAUCUCAAUACCCACAGCUAUAUUGAAGGUUUUUUCCCAUUGUCAAUCUCUUCACUGCAAAAACUACUUUUUUAUCAAGUGAAAUUAUGUAAUUUUUAGGCAAUAAAUUUGUUUUUUCUUUUC